AUGGAUACCGAAUCCACAUACUCUGGAUAUUCUUACUAUUCAAGUCAUUCGAAAAAAUCUCACAGACAAGGGGAGAGAAAUAGAGAGAGACACAAAUCACCCCGGAAUAAAGAUGGCAGAGGGUCAGAAAAAUCUGUCACCAUUCAAGCUCCCACUGGAGAGCCCCUGUUGGCAAACGAUUCCACUCGGACAGAGGAAGUUCAGGAUGACAACUGGGGAGAGACCACCACGGCCAUCACAGGCACCUCAGAGCACAGCAUAUCACAGGAGGACAUUGCCAGGAUCAGCAAGGAUAUGGAAGACAGCGUGAGGCUGGAUUGCAGGCGCUACCUGGGCCUCACCGUGGCCUCGGUCCUUGGACUGCUGGUGUUCCUCACCCCCAUUGCCUUCAUCCUGUUACCCCCCAUCCUGUGGAGGGACGAGCUGGAGCCUUGUGGCACAAUUUGUGAGGGACUCUUCAUUUCCGUGGCGUUCAAACUCCUCAUCCUGCUCAUCGGGACCUGGGCGCUCUUUUUCCGCAAGCAGAGAGCUGACGUGCCGCGCGUCUUCGUGUUCCGUGCCCUUCUGUUGGUCCUCAUCUUUUUUUUUGUGGUUUCCUAUUGGCUGUUUUAUGGGGUCCGCAUUUUGGACUCUCGGGACCGCAACUACCAGGGUAUCGUGCAGUACGCGGUGUCCCUCGUGGACGCCCUCCUCUUCAUCCACUACCUGGCCAUCGUCCUGCUGGAGCUGAGGCAGCUGCAGCCCAUGUUCACGCUGCAGGUGGUCCGCUCCACCGACGGCGAGUCCCGGUUCUACAGCCUGGGACACCUGAGUAUCCAGCGAGCAGCAUUGGUGGUUCUGGAAAAUUACUAUAAAGAUUUCACCAUCUAUAACCCCAAUCUCCUAACAGCCUCCAAAUUCCGAGCAGCCAAGCACAUGGCCGGGCUGAAAGUCUACAAUGUAGAUGUGUCCGUCUCUAUGCGGCGGGUGAAGAAGCGGAGAGCAAGGCUGGUGGUGGCCGUGGAGGAGGCCUUCAUCCACAUCCAGCGUCUCCAGGCCGAAGAGCAGCAGAAAGCCCCAGGGGAGGUGAUGGACCCCCGGGAGGCCGCCCAGGCCAUCUUCCCCUCCAUGGCCCGCGCUCUGCAGAAAUACCUGCGCACCACUCGACAGCAGCAUUACCACAGCAUGGAGAGCAUCCUGCAGCAUCUGGCCUUCUGCAUCACCAACAGCAUGACCCCCAAGAGGAAGGACUUUGACUUAGAGACAGUAUAG